GCUCCGUUUCCAUCCGGGUCCUUCAGCCUCGUUCCCGGGCAGUAUAAAGUUUGCUGUCUCCUUUGUUCGUCCUCGUUGCGCAGUAGUGCUAGCGGGUUCGCGUUUCGGUUGUCGGACCCGGCAGCCGCUUUUGGUGCUAAGCUGCUAGGAAGCCCCUCUCGGCGAGCUCGUUGGAGCUUGAACCCAUUGUCACCCCUCCGACUCACCGGCAAAAAAAAAAUGGUUGAAGCAGAUCGCCCAGGAAAGCUCUUCAUUGGUGGGCUUAAUACAGAAACAAAUGAGAAAGCUCUUGAAGCAGUAUUUGGCAAAUAUGGACGAAUAGUGGAAGUACUCUUGAUGAAAGACCGUGAAACCAACAAAUCAAGAGGAUUUGCUUUUGUCACCUUUGAAAGCCCAGCAGAUGCUAAGGAUGCAGCCAGAGACAUGAAUGGAAAGUCAUUAGACGGAAAAGCCAUCAAAGUGGAACAAGCCACCAAACCAUCAUUCGAAAGUGGUAGACGUGGGCCACCUCCACCUCCAAGAAGUAGAGGCCCUCCAAGAGGUCUUAGAGGUGGAAGAGGAGGAAGUGGAGGAACCAGGGGACCUCCCUCACGGGGAGGACACAUGGAUGACGGUGGAUAUUCCAUGAAUUUUAACAUGAGUUCUUCCAGGGGACCACUCCCAGUAAAAAGAGGACCACCACCAAGAAGUGGGGGUCCUCCUCCUAAGAGAUCUGCACCUUCAGGACCAGUUCGCAGCAGCAGUGGAAUGGGAGGAAGAGCUCCUGUAUCACGUGGAAGAGAUAGUUACGGAGGUCCACCUCGAAGAGAACCGCUGCCUUCUCGUAGAGAUGUUUAUUUGUCCCCAAGAGAUGAUGGGUAUUCUACUAAAGACAGCUAUUCCAGCAGAGAUUACCCAAGUUCUCGUGAUACAAGAGAUUACGCACCACCACCGCGAGAUUAUACUUACCGUGACUAUGGUCAUUCCAGUUCACGUGAUGACUACCCAUCAAGAGGCUAUAGCGAUAGAGAUGGAUAUGGUCGUGAUCGUGACUAUUCAGAUCAUCCAAGUGGAGGUUCCUACAGAGAUUCAUAUGAGAGUUAUGGUAACUCACGUAGUGCUCCACCUACACGAGGGCCCCCGCCAUCUUAUGGUGGAAGCAGUCGCUAUGAUGAUUACAGCAGCUCACGUGACGGAUAUGGUGGAAGUCGAGACAGUUACUCAAGCAGCCGAAGUGAUCUCUACUCAAGUGGUCGUGAUCGGGUUGGCAGACAAGAAAGAGGGCUUCCCCCUUCUAUGGAAAGGGGGUACCCUCCUCCACGUGAUUCCUACAGCAGUUCAAGCCGCGGAGCACCAAGAGGUGGUGGCCGUGGAGGAAGCCGAUCUGAUAGAGGGGGAGGCAGAAGCAGAUACUAGAAACAAACAAAACUUUGGACCAAAAUCCCAGUUCAAAGAAACAAACAAAAAGUGGAAACUAUUCUGUCAUAACUACCCAAGGACUACUAAAAAGAAAAAUUGUGUUACCUUUUUUAAAUUCCCUGUUAAGUUCCCCUCCAUAAUUUUUAUGUUCUUGUGAGGAAAAAAGUAAAACAUGUUUAAUAUUAUUUGACUUUAUGACAUUGCUUUUCAACAAGCAAAUGUUAAAUGUGUUAAGACUUGUUGUACUAGUGUUGUAACUUUCCAAGUUAAAGUGUCCCUAAAGGCCACUUCCUAUAUGAUUUUUCCCAGUAAGUGAGGCAAGCAGUUCUAAGAUCUUCCACAAAACAUCUAGCCAUCUAAAAUGGAGAGAUGAAUCAUUCUGCCUAUACAAACUAGCUGUUAGAGGGUGGUUGGGGUAUACUACUCAUAAGAUUUCAGGGUGUCUUCCAACUAAAACCUCCAUGAUCUCAGUAUGAAAAACCUGAAAUCAGAUGCCUAUGUAAGGAAAUAAUCACCCAGUAAACCCAAAAAUGCAAAUGGAUAAUGCUGGCCAUUUUGCCUUCCUGACAUUUCCUUGGGAAUCUGCAAGAACCUCCCCUUUCCCCUCCCCCAAUAAGACCAUUUAAGUGUGUGUUAAACAACUACAGAAUACUAAAUAAAAAGUUUGGCCAAAACCAACCAUGAAGCUGCAAAGGUGCUUGCUCUUACUGUUUCAAAUUUUUGCAACUCUGUAGUGUCUCACUUUUAAAGGAACAGCUUGAUUGCAAAGGAGAAAAUAGAUAAGCAAUGAAGUUAUCUCCAACUUCCUAAAGGCUUAUGACUUCUAAAAAGUGAAUCUAUCAGCAUUCCACAUCAGAUUUAAAGCAUCAAAUGCCUGUGAAACAGCAAAGAUGGUUGAGGAUUAUGCUCAUUUUGGUCGUGGAGUGCUGAUUUAUUCACAGUAGAUAAAGCUGGCAGUAAGAGAAAUCAAAGGCUAAGAGAUGGGGUUUCACCAUGUUGGCCAGGCUGGUCUCAAACUCCUGACGUUGAGUGAUCCUGUCUCGGCCUCACAAAGUGCUGGGAUUAUAGGCGUGAGCUACUGCGCCCAGCCAGAGCUUGGUUUUAAAGCAUAUACUUCUAUUUUAAGCUAAAGCAACAAGAAAGUAUAUAUUUAAAAAAAUAGUUGGUGGGGGAGUACUUCGCAGUAAUACAAAUACCACAUAACAAGAUCCCAUGUUUUUCAUUUUACAGAGUUGUUGAAGCAGAAGGCGGCUGAUUGUCGAUAAGUCACUACAGUUGCACAAGCAGUACUGUCAGAAUUGGUUUGGUGCAGGCAAUAGAUUUUUGCCUUCAGGGGUUCCUGUGGAUCUGAGGAAGGCAGAAGUGUUGAUUAACACUCAUAACUAGGGAGUGAGUGGUAGUUACUUAAAACAAGUAACUGACCAAAUGGAGAAGGGGAAGUAAUUAAGGCAGUUGGUAAGUGGAGGUAGUCAGGAAGUUCUUGUGGUUCUUUACAUAGAUUGUACAGCUUUGGCUUUCAUUUUGUUUAGCUAAAGUCAUGGGGACAACAAUUUAGAACUUAAGUUGAAUUAUAAAAAUGAUGGAUAUAAGUGGUAGCUCUAUCUAGUGAAGUGUCUGUCAGUAAGUGAAACAUUUUUUGGUGGUAGCUUAUCCAGAAACAGUUUAGUUGUAGAAUAAAACAGUGACGCCUGGAAAGUAACAACCAUGCUGAGAUGGCAAGCACACUGGAAACAAUUAGGCCACCUGGCUUUUGUUUGCUGUAUUGUUUUGUAAGCCUGCUUUAUGUCCCAGUCUUAGAAACAAGUUUUAGUUUAUUGCUUUGGAGACUAGAGCCAAUAGCAUAAUGUUCUGAAAGGAAACAGACUUGAGUUGUUGGAGUAGAGGAACUAACUCAACUUACAAGAUUUUUUUUGUUGUAAUUAUGGCACUGUCCUGUUUUAACAUUUGCAACUAGGGAGAGUAAGUACAACAUUUUAAACUCUCAUUUGAAAGACGACUACUAAUCAACAGACCACAAGGGUAAUGACCAAAUUUAUGUGGUUGUUGCACUUCCAUAGUUGUCUUAGCCCAGUCUUCCAUACUCAGGAUUACUUGGGUUAAAGCUUCUGUGAGGACCUUUUGGUUCUUGAAAUAUCCUAAAUAUUUCAGAUCUUUAGAUACCCUAAAGAUAGUAUAGGAUAUAGAGAUGGUACCAGAUAUGGAUGAAUAUUAACGUCAAAGCAAGGAGAAUGUUAAAAUGACCAGAUACCUGUUUCAUAGUUUACUGACCUAGCAGAUGUGUGGAAAAAGAAUCCGAUCUUGAUUCUUUUGGUUUAUACUGGUUGUAAUAAAACAGAAUGAUAACAGAAAAUGUUUUUCUUGUUUAACUGGUAGUUGAACAUAGAACUUGGGUAUUUAGAUCUCUUUUCACUUUUUGGAAUGUUUUGUAUUGAAACUUAAUAAAACUUUAACAUGGCAUCUUU